AUGUCCCCCAAACCGACCAUCGUCCUCGUCCCCGGCGCCGCGCACUCCCCCGCCGCCUUCGCCCCAACAACCGCCCUCCUCCACGCCGCCGGCUACGACACAGUCGGCGUGCCGCUGCCCUCAGUGGGCGCCUCGCCGCCGCUCCAAAACUGGGCCCCCGACGUCGCGCGCAUCCGCGACACCGUCGCCGCGCUCGCCGACGCCGGCCGCGCUAUCGUCCUCUUCGCGCACUCCUACGGCGGGCUCGUCGCCUGCGAGGCCGUCAGAAAUCUGGACUGCGCCUCGCGCCAGCACGCCGCCUUGCCCGGCGGCGUCCUGCGCAUCGUGUUUUGCGCCGCGCUGAUCGGGGAGGAAGGGUCGUCCCUGGUGGACGCGCGGAGCGGCGUGGUCCGCGAUCCGAACUGGGAUGUGCAGGUGCGUGUGGCUUGCGUGCGCUUGCGCAGUGCAAACCCAGCAUCCACAUUCUAUAACGAUGUUCCUGCGGACGAGGCGGCGCGGCUAGUCUCGCUGCUGCGCCCGCACUCGUUCCGCACCUUCUUCGAGCGCGUCACCUUUCCGGCUUGGAAGUUCUUGCCUAGCACGUAUAUCGUGUGCGAGAAUGACCGGGCGCUGCCGCUGGCGGUGCAGGAGCGCUUGAUUGCGAGUGCGGGCGAGGGCGUCUUCGCUGUUGAGCGCUGCGAUGCUGGCCAUAGUCCGUUUGUGUCGCAGCCGGGGUUUGUGGCUAGGGUGAUAAGGAGAGCGGCGGGCGAGGAUGUGAGGGAUUAG